UAAAUAACGACGACCACAACUAACAUGGCGGAUGUUGCUACAACAAACUUUUCUAAAAAAUGUGCUGCUGUUGCAGCUGAUUAAUUGCCCCUUUGCUAUCACUUCAAGGCUACGAUGACGCAGGUUAUGGAUACAUCAGCUUACUCCGCCUUUGAGAGUCAGUUGAAGACACUCUGCUUACACGAAUUUCCUUGUGGUAUCGGUUCUUGGAGGGAUACAACCAAAGUUGUUAUACAGAAAGAUGCACCAAAGGUCAGGAAAGAUACCGACUUGGUUUCAUCUCGGUUUCCGAUCACCCUAAAAGACUACGGAGUGCAGUUUGAGAAGACUGAGGUUCUUGAAGAAUACACCACAUCAAAGUACUCGCCAUGGAAUCUUGACUACAGUUGGAGCAAUGAAGCAAAAGAACUGAGAGAAAUCGCUGUAAAGUCACCUUGGCUAGUGGAUCAGAAGUUCAUCUUAAGUUAUUUCAAAACUCUUCGCAUUGUAAACAAGGGGGUGUGCGAAGUGGACAAACGUCUUCUAAACUUCAGCAAUUUAGAAGAACUGACACUAAGUGCUAAUCAUCUAAAGUUGGUGAAUUCAAGGAACCUACCACCAAAUUUGAAGGUUUUAGAACUGUGUGCCAAUGAUAUCAGUGACCUCGCAGACCUGUGUGUGAAAGCUCCGCCGCUUGAACACCUGGGACUUGGCUAUAAUAAUAUAGCAAACACAGAUGACUACAUCACUGGUCAGAUAUGGCCAACUUUAUUAUCACUUGAUCUAAGUCACAACAGCCUUACUGAUCUCAUGGACAUCGUCCGCAAACUCACAACAUUACCAAAACUUAGAAAUCUCAUCUUGGUGGGAAAUCCAAUAUGUCUUAUACCUGGUUACCGUGGUUAUGUCAUUGAUAGCCUGAGAAAGCUGCAGAUUUUAGAUGACAUCAGAAUAUCAGCAGAUGAGGAACAUCAGUUUAAAGGUUUGGCCAGAAGACGAGAAUUUAUCCUCGAUGAGGCCAAAGUCAGAUUUGCUGUGGAUUAUAUCAAGAAUUUACCUGUUCCAGAAGAAGUCAAGAACCCUGACGAACAACCAGAAUGGCCAUUGAUAACCCGGAAAUAUUACAUUGAGUACAUGUUCAUUGAGGAGUCCGCACCAUCGGCUGAGGUCCUCCAACUCUUUGGGGAUGAUGGGGAAGGAUCAAUGAAGGAGUCCAUGACGCACAUCACUGAAGAGGGCGGCAUGAAUCAGAGCUAUGGUAGCCAACAGCUGGGAUCUAUGCUGGAUCAGCAAACAGUUUCAGUCACAAACAGGACACAGAGCUUAGACACCCUCCAGACGCAUCUGCCAGGUGAGGCAGCAGGUGAGGACCCUACCACAGAGGAUGCUGCCAUCCCUAAACCAACGUAUCAACUCGCACCAGUCAAAAGUCUAGCUUUGCCCUAUGCAGAAGAGAUCGAGAUGAACUGGUGGAAGACAGUCACCAGGGACAACCUGCUUGGUUUGAGAGAUUUCUUCAAGCAGGGCAUGGAGUUUUCAGUCAUUGAAGAAAAGGUUUUAUCAUACCCUGCCGACCAGGUCCAUGAGUCAGAGAGCGUGCUUUCAGGAAAGAAAGGCAAAGGAAAGGAGCCGAAAAAGGAGGAAAAAAGUGCUAAGGAGGAACUCAGAGUGCGCAAAAUUUCGCGGGUCUCAUCAUCCCGUCAGGCUGACUCUCGAUCUAGGAAGACGUCCCGUGGGUCUCAGGAUGUACACUCACAGCAUGGCCAUGCGGCAAAAGAACCGGAGAAGAAAGAUGACAAGAAAAAGAAGAAGAAAGAUUUAGACAUUGAGAUGCAUCAUAUGCCAGCAGAAUAUACCACGCUUGUCACGUUCAACAUUCCGACCGUGGACUUCAACGAUGGAGAGUACGAGUAUGAGCAGACGUACUUCCACGGAGAAGCAGAAUUAGGGGGUAAGAGUGAUGUGACAGAUGUGAAGGACGAUAAGCAUCAUAAAAAAGAUAAAGGAAAGGAGAAGAAGAAACCUCCGUCUGCUCACAAGAAAGAUCAGAAAAAAGAUACGGCCAAGAGUCCGAGAGCGGAUAAGAAAGACGGCAAAGGGAAGGGAAAAGGUGACGAUAAGAAGGGGGUAGACGGUGAUGAGGAGGAGAAUCUACCCCCACCCCCUCUUGAGGUCAAAAUCAGCAUCAAAUUACAACAUUGGACCACUGCUAUGGAUUCAGUGAAAGCAGAGAAAGAGAGACUAGAUGCUUUAACUGCUUCGGAGCUGGACGCUGCUCCACAGUUACCGCAGUAACACGUUACCAUGGUAAUAGUUCAAAAUCCAUCCGACAAAGUCUGUGAUAUUGACAAAGAGACAUUAUUGACAUUUGACAAUGUGGAAACAAGACAAUUUGCAUAUUAGUGUAUACAUAUGAUUUCUUCAUGUAACAUGUGACAAAGUUUGAGAAGACUUCACUUGUCUUCAUGCUUCCUAUUUUAUCAAAAGUUUCCUGAAUGUUGUAUUGUAACCUUGGUAAUAAAAGCUUUCAUAUAAUGUAUCCUUUCAUUUUCAAAACAAUUCAUCAGUCUCAACCUUUCACUUUUGAGGUUCUGUCCAUUGAGACCGUGGUAAAUACCAGUGGACAAUUU